GUUGCGCAACCAGAUCUAUUACAGCUUUGUAGCGCCUGCAUGCGCAUCGACAUCAGCCGCAAGGAACUGGCGUUGGUGGGGUCGCCGAGAUGUUUGUUCCGCCUGUGUUGCACCGCAUACAGCAUCCAUAUUCGAAAGCGACUCGCGCGUCGUUGUUGACUGGACAAACGCGACAGAUUUGUGCCAUCAACCGGAUCUCGCCUACCUACAUGGAUUCCUCUAGUCGCCAGCUGCAGUAAUGCCGACGAAAAUGGCGUUUCCUGUGUUCAGUCAGACAAAGGCCGAGGGGUUCGCUGACAUCUUGUUGCCUUCGCCUUGGAACUUCAACGAUAAGACCGCAUAUGCCGACGACCAAGGGAUUUUGUGGGAACAGAAGGAGAACACCAUGUUUUGGCGCGGAUCAGCGUCUGACGGCUACGCAGCACGCGGGUCCUGGCAGACUUCAUUUCGCGCCCGGCUCGUCCAUGCGGCGCCUCAUCUCCCCCUGUCGACGGCAAACAAACCAAGGCAUGACCAUGAGCUUCCAAGGGUCGACAUUGGUUUUGUGGACGAGUUCCAAAAAUGCCACCAAGACGACUGCCGCUCCGAGGAGACAGCAUUCUGGGGGUCUGGCGCCGAAAAGCCACCCCUGGAACGAGUUCCGUUCGAGCAGCACUGGCAAUAUCGACACCUGAUGGACCUCGACGGCGCGGACUACAGUGGUCGCUUCGUGCCAUUCCUACGGAGUCGGAGUCUUGUCUACCGUACGGGGCUGUUCCGGACGUGGUUCGGGGAGCGGGUAUACGCGUGGCGACACUAUGUACCGGUGGACGUGCGCCUGCAUGAGCUCUGGGAUCUUUUGGGUUUCUUUGGCGGGGACAAGAAAGGAGCGGGGCUGGGGGAGAACAUCGCCAUGGAGGGCAGGGCGUGGGCGGCUUAG